UGAACUCGUAUCGUACGAUCCGACAGUAUUUUCGUCCAUGGUUUCCCGCAAUUUAUUGGCGUAUGCAUGAGAUAAAGAGCCUGAGCUAUUAUCAAGAUGUCAUCACCGGUUAAGAGGAAUCUCGGACACAAGGGGAAUGUCUCUCCAGACCGAGGGAUUCCCGACCAAGGGACUGAGUAUGCGGAUCCUCACCAAGAGGUCAUAUAUGCCACACCGGGUCUACCUAAUGUCUACGAUUCCCCUGAAAAAGGCAAUGUUUAUGCCACUCCAAGCCAGAGCCCCGUCCACAGUAGCAAGCCAGGCUCCCCUGCCAUGGAGUGGGAUGGUUACCAGACGCAGGUUUCUCGGGGGACCGAGGGAAGUGAUCGGUGGGACCGCACCCCACCUGAGAUCCCGCAGUUUGAUCUGGACUCUGAAGAUCGGGAUCCCGACUCAGAUGAUGAUGGUAGAGAUGAGGCGAUUAGUGGAAGUCACUGUUCCGCCUCGUGCCUGGUGUUCUGUCGGCCGUGCAUGACUGAGCAUAACCCUUUACCCAAUAACCCAUCGGUGUGCACCCGGUUGAAACAUUCACUGAUGUGCCCACCCCAUGGGAGAGUAUCACGGGAUGUGACGUUGGUUCUGUUUGUGUUGAUGUCAUGGGGUGUGGUGUGGGGUAUGACAGGGGAUGCGGCUCUGCCAGGGGGGAACUUCUUUGCAUUGUAUGUGUUGGUGAUAUGCUGCAUGGUUGGAGGCAUUUUGAUCAAGCUUGUUCGAUUGCCAGCUCUAUUAGGUAUGCUCAUUGUUGGCUUCAUGCUCCGAAACAUCCCCUACAUCAAUGUUGCAACACACAUCGAUAAGAACUGGUCUUCAGCUCUCCGCAGUGUCGCCCUGGUAGUGAUCCUCCUAAGGGCGGGGCUUGGGCUAGACGCCAAAGCCUUGAAGAGUCUCAGCAUGGUGUGCUUGAGGCUGUGCUGCACACCAUGUUUAGUUGAGGCUUGUACUGUGGGCGUUGUGUCUCAUUUUCUACUGGGCUUCCCAUGGGCCUGGGGAUUUAUGUUGGGUUUUGUUCUUGGAGCAGUCACUCCAGCUGUGAUCGUCCCGUCCUUGCUGUCACUUCAGAACAGAGGGUAUGGUGUCACAAAGGGUAUCCCCACCCUGGUGAUCGCUGCAGCUUCCUGUGAUGAUGUACUGGCCAUCAGUGCCUUCGGGGUUAUCCUUGGUGCAGCUUUUGCAACAGGUGACCUUGUCUACAACAUAUUUCGUGGGCCAUUGGAGCUUGUAAUUGGUGUUGCUUUUGGCUGUAUAUCUGGUGUUGUGUUAUGGUACUUACCAGACAGGUUUCAGACGUCCUUUGUGAUGAGACAAACUCUUUUGCUCGUUGGUGGCGGACUGUUUGCAGUCUUUGGGAGCUCAGCGUUGAAGUUUUCCGGAGCUGGAGCUCUUGGCUGUCUCACUAUGGCAUUUGUUGCUGGACAUGGAUGGAAAAAGCAAAGGGAGCCAGUAGAGAAGUACAUCGGAUGGUUAUGGCUGCUCUUUGAACCACUUCUGUUUGGAUUAAUUGGUGCAGAGGUGGACAUUAAUUCCAUUCAACCUGCGACUAUUGGUCUUGGAAUUGCUACACUAUUCAUUGGUUUGUUCUUCAGGCUAAUAGCCACCUUCCUAGCCGUCUGCAGAGCCAAGAUGAACUUGAAAGAAAAGAUAUUCAUCUCCCUCGCUUGGCUGCCUAAAGCAACUGUACAGGCAGCGAUUGGGCCAGUGGCUUUAGACACAGCUAUCAAGCAUCAAGCUGGAGAAGAAUUUGUACUGCUUGGAACACAACUUUUGACUGUUGCAGUACUGUCCAUCCUUAUCACUGCGCCUUUGGGGGCCAUUGCCAUAGCGAUGACUGGUCCACGCCUCCUCAGUAAGACCGCAAACGAAAAACCUGUCAACAACAACAAGCGCAGAAUCGAGAUCCAUCAUAUAGGGUCACCCAUAAGUGAUGAGGUUGUGGAACUCUCCCCAGUGCACCCUGGACCGGAGCAUUCCAUUCUGCUGAGGAGGGGUGUUGAGGCUGGCAUUACUGAUGAUACGCUGUAACCAGAAAAAGAGAGUGUGUGGUUUAGUAUAAAAUGCAAACAAUGUGUACAGUUGAAGAUACCUUUCCAGGCUGAUAGUGUCCAUAUUCUACCACAUUAUUUUUAAUAUUAUAUAAAAGUAUAGAUCUAUAUUGAGGUUGGGUUAUGAAAAGUACUUAAAACCAGUUGGUCAUGUGAUGUUCCCGUGGCGUUUCGGCUGCCUCGCUCCGCACUUGCAUUGUGCCUUCGAAAAAAAUUCCUAUUUUUUUUUUUCAACGGGCAGUUGCAUGCCUGUGAAUUUCAACAUGUCGUUUGUGCACAACUUGUGCUCUUGUGUUCAAUGUCAAAACAAAAUAACACUCAGAGUCGUAGAUGCAGGCUUCCAUUAACUUAAUUAGCGUCCUUACUGGGAUCAAACAAAGACCUAAUAGUCUCCAGGGAACUUACUUACACUUAAUUCUAACCUACACAAUUUGUCACUGUUUCAAAUUCUACCGAGGGAGCAUCUCAAAAAUCAGGCCUGUAUUAGAAACAUUACAUGGUUCCCGAAAGGCAGAUGGUUGAUAGCAAUCGAUGAACCGCCAGCCAGAACGUUCGGCUGGACAGCAACAUUUGUUCGAAAGUUGGGAACAAUCCUACCCGCGCAUUAGCAUUUUAGACAUUCCAAUGAAACGUUCCGACGGUCCAACUGACCAAUGGAUGUACACGCACUUCAUCCGUUCCUACGAUUCGAGAUGCUCCUGUAAUAAUAGCAUUGUCUUUCCAUGUAUUCUAAACUACCUCACUUUUGAACCCUUUCAUUACCAAUAUUGAGUGUAUGCUACAACUUGUUCAUUUCUGUUUAUCUGUGACUGCUACUGAUGACUGUGACUAACGAGUGGUCUAGUGCACCGGACUCGUAUUAUGGUGAUAUGAUUAGCAGAGCUUGGGUCGUGUCCUGGUCUUGACACUUGAGCAAGCCUUUUGACCACUAUUGCUUUGCUCUUCAGAUGGAACAAAAGCUGUAGGUCCUGUGUGUUGUGUAAAGCACAGAAAAGAACCAAGCACACUUAUCGUUAAGAGAAAGGGUUUGCCCGGUCAUUUUUUUUUCUGGCAGUUUGGCUGCGAAAUGCCCGAAUCACCUUGCAAAACCUUACAAAAAAUGGGUCUUUAUAUAAGUUCUAAACUGGCGCUUUUAAGUGUUCAUUAAAAUCAUGUUUGCCAACUUGGCUACUGGAGCUGCAUACUCCUAAGGAGUUGAGAUAUUUCCAGGGAUGCCAGGACGUGAUAAACAUGAGUAGUAGUGUACAAUGUAUUAAUAAUCGGUUUAAAUGUUUCAUUUAAAAAAAAGGUACGUCGUCACAUUUGGUAACAAAGAACCAAUAUAAAUGGGUUUUUUUGGUGAAUGAAAGGGUUGGAAAGUUUCACAGCACCGAGAUUUCCGACCCAUGUAUUCUUUAUUUUUGAAUAAAUUCUGUGACUUCCACGUAAUAUCAUAUUUGCCAUGUAUACAUAUUCAAUGUACUAUGUAAAUGUAGCU